CCUACCCACACGUUCACUAGAGGGCGCUAGGUCGGUGAUCUCAGGGCUCGGGGAGGUGUCGCGUGGCGGGAGGAGCCGACAUGGAGACAGGAGUAAGGUAUCACGGAGAAAUCCCGGGACAUCCUCGGGCCCCCAGGAGCCGAGUCAGCCAUGGACUGUCUGUAUUUGAGAAACUGGCACAGAACAUGCUGGAUAUAUCAGGAGACAGAGGAGUGUUAAAAGAGAUGAUUCGAGCCGGAAGUGGAGAGAAGGUUCCUUCUGAUGCUACGGUAAUCUUAAAAUUUUCGGGAUACUUGGAACAUUCUGACAGACCAUUUGAGACCAAUUGUUUUCGACGUGUUCCCCGGCUAAUGAAGCUUGGUGAAGACAUCACCCUUUUAGGUAUGGAGCUCAGUGUACUGACAAUGCAGCGUGGGGAACUGUCUCGGUUUCUUUAUUCACCAGAAUAUGCAUAUGGGACAAUGGGAUGUCCUCCCCUCAUUCCUCCUGCUGCUAUUGUUCUCUUUGAAAUAGAGUUGCUAGACUUCCUGGAUACAGCAGAGUCUGAUGCAUUUUGUGAUUUACCUCUGCACCAACAAUCAGCCUUUCCAUUUGAAAAGGUCCUUAAAAUUGCUGCUACAGAAAGGCAGUUUGGAAACUAUCUCUUCAAACGGAACCGGUUUUAUGAUGCAAAAGAUAGAUAUAAACAGGCUUUUUCAUGUCUUUCACGUAUAACUUCUACAGAGGACGAGAAUACACAGCUUGAUGCCGCUCUUCUUCUUGUGAAUUUAAAUUUAGCACUUGCAUAUCUGAAGAUCGAACGCCCUUCUAAAGCUCUGAUAUGGGGAGAGAAGGCUUUAGCCAUAGACAAUAAAAGUGUGAAGGCUUUGUUUCGCUGUGGACAGGCUUGUCUUGAGUUGAAAGAGUAUGAGAAGGCACGCACCUUCCUGCUGAGGGCUCAGAAGGUGGAACCAUUUAAUCUAGAGAUUAAUGGUGAACUGAAGAGGUUGGCAAGUUGUUAUAAAGCAUACAUGGAUCAUCAAAGGGAGAUGUGUCUUCGUAUGUUUGCUCCUCAGUCAUCCACAGCCGUAAAGCAUUAAUGAAGAUGGUUGCUUUUGAUGAUCAUUUUUCUGCACUUCUUCUUUUCUGCACAGUGGUCUGAAUGGCAAAGAGUUUGUGAGUCUUUAUUUGCACUUGUACAAAAGAGAGAUUGUUUAUGGUUUUGCUAGUGGAGUUAAUCCAGAAAAACUGUUUAUAUGUUAUUUGCAGUAUAAAAGUAUUAAAGUUUUCUGUUCUUGCUCAAA